AGGUGGCCGCGCCGCCGCGUUGCUCCCCACCGAGUCCGCGUUGGCGGAAGGGAAGGUACCGAGUUCGCAGGCCGCGUGGACAUGGCGGAUCCUGUGCGGGAGGAGCUCCUGGCCCUGGCCGCGAUUUACUGCGGGCCCCAUGAGUGGGAGGUGCUGAGCCGCUCAGAGACAGAUGGAACCAUUUUCAGAAUUCACACAAAAGCUGAAGGACUUUUGAAUGCGGAUAUAUCCUUAGAGUUGGUGUUCCAUUUACCGGUCAGUUACCCUUUGUGUCUGCCUGGUAUCUCCAUUAACUCAAAACAUCUGACCAGAGCCCAGUGUGUGACUAUACAAGAGAAACUACUUGAGCAAGCAGAGAAGCUUUUGUCGGAACCUAUGGUUCAUGAACUGGUUCUUUGGAUUCAGCAGAAUCUCAGACAUAUCCUCAAUCAACCAGAAACUGGAAAUGGCAGUGAAAAGUGUACUUUUUCAAUGAGUACAACUGUGGAUGAUGGACUGUGGAUUACUCUUUUACAUUUAGAUCACAUGAGAGCAAGGACUAAAUAUAUCAAAACCGUGGAGAAGUGGGCUUCAGAUUUAAGUCUGACAGGAAGAUUGAUGUUCUUGGGUAAAAUAAUACUGAUUUUACUACAAGGAGAAAGAAACAACAUCAAGGAGUGUCUAACUCUUAAUGGCAACUACAAACUUGCAGAGCUCAAAAGAAUAAGAGUACCUGAUUCUUCAGAAAACCUCCAAAGUAGAUGUGGACUCAAGUGGAAAGAAAUGCAAAGAGAAAAUGAUUAGUGUACUGUUUGAAACAAAAGUACAGACGGAACACAAAAGGUUUCUGGCAUUUGAAGUCAAAGAGUAUUCAGCAUUGGAUGAGUUACAAAAGGAAUUUGAAAUCGCAGGACUUAAGAAGAUUUUCUCUGAAUUUGUACUUGGACUAGUAAAAUGAAAUGAACGACACGAA